AUGGACGAUAAUCCUGUUUUCGGUGGAGAAAGCGGCGCGGAGUCGCUAUCGCAGCAAUUUCGCCGUACUCCGUCUCCGGCUGCGCCCUCGUGGCAUGGAAGUGAAGAAGCGGAGGAAGACGAAAGUUUGGGCGGCCUUCGCCCUCGAGGCGAAAAAAGACCCUUGUACGAUGAAGCGGGCGCGAUGCCGCCGAAGAAGAAGACGAAGCCAAGACCCUCUUUAGGCUCAAGGGUGCGCGAUCUCGCGCAGAAGGCCGUAGAGGCCGACGUUGCGGCUGUCGAUGCCGCUGCUAAUAACAAGGAGAAGACGUUGCUGCAAGCGCGCCUAGAGAAGUCGAGGGCUGCUUUAGCAGCGUUUACGGAGUGUCCGCACUGGGAUAAGCUAGCGCAGUAA